AUGGAGUCCAAGGACUACUUCGAGGAUGUGCUCACACGGUGGGAGAACCAGUUGCGGGAAUGUGUAGAUGAAUUUGAUAAGUAUAGUCGGGCAAUGUCCGAACUGGAUUGCAUGUUGUUCAGUUACGUGACGAAGCUUCAGCAGUGUCAACAGGAACAGUCGGAGGUGGAAAUGAAGCAACAAGAUAUCAUCAACGAUGUCCUUAGGGUAGAGGCAAAGCAAAAAUCGAUGAUGGACGUAAUCGUUGCGCUUCAAAAACGUGUUGAGGAUAUACAGCCCAAGGAAUCGGACGAGGAUCCCACUAUAGAACGGAAGGCCCGUGAAGCGAAUAGCGCGAUUCAUGAAUUAGAGAAUUGCAUUAUCCAGUUGUCCGAAGACCUGGGGAAAUUGGAAAAUGAGAUUUAUCCCGGUGAACUUGGUGAGCUUAUUCACUCAGUCCAUGUGCACUCGAAGCUAAUCGAUCAGCUCGGGCCUGAUACCUACUAG